CCCCUCUUCGCGCCUCCAAAUGCGGAACUUGCUCUAAACUGCUUCCACCCGGUCAGAGUGAGCCUCCACGCCAAACAACACACCAACACGCCGCAAAUAAUCCUCUUACGCACUUCACCAACCGGAGAUUUAACCCAUCGACAUGCAUAUUAAAACAGGUACCUGGGAGUCAAAUAAUGCCGUGUGCGAGUCUGACACGUUGUGUGACCCUGCCGUCCUCGUCGCUCCUCCCCAAGCUGAGCCACACAUCCGGAACCGGCGGCUUUCCCCUGGCUCUGGCAGCUGUGGCGGAGGUGGAGGUGGCUGUGCCGCCAGAGUGGACACACUUUCCCCCCAUCAGACAUCAAACAGCCCUCAUCAUGAAGGAUCUUCACAUGGAACUGUUCACACACAAUCCUUGAACAGGGAGCACAGGGCUCAGAACAGGGGCAGAGGCCCUCGGCGUGAGGGAGCCAGUCAAAAACUCCAUAAAUCCUCUCAGGCACAGAAGGAGAGGUGGAUGGGAGAAACCUUGUCAUCGCUCAGACCUCCUCCCGCCUUCCCGGUGAAGGACAGCCCUGCCAAGCUGCAGCCAGCGGUCAGUUAUGCCUCCAAGGUGAAGGCGGGCGGAUACUCUGGGGGCGUGGCUGAAGAGCCACCUGGCAUCGGGGCACUUCUGCAGAAUCAGUGGGGACUCAGCUUCAUUACUGAUGGUCCAGUGAUGGAGAACUCCGCUUCAGUCGCUGAAGAGGUUACAGAGCAGAGUCCACCUGUGAUUGUUCAUCACGUUGCUGGAGAAAUGGUUUCAGAAAACUCAGCGGCUUUGCCGAGCCAGUGCUCAAAGGAGCCUGAGGAUUCUGCACAGCUGCUGCUCACCUGUCGCCAUCUAAUGGAAGCCGCGCAGUAUCAUACACAAGAAUGGAGUGCAGUCUUCAGGAAACAAAAAGAAGAUCCUGUGAAGGUCGUCUGGUACACGGACUCGUCAUAGCAGCUUGCACAGCACACUUCGGCUAAUUCAUCCUCACACACUCGUACUCCACGCACCUUUAUAUUCUCUCUAGCACACUUACAAUUACACACAGACACACAGACACACAUCCAGUCUUUGCACUCAUCUUCACUCCAAAUUCCCCUUCCCCACAUGAAGAAAGAAAUGUCUCCGAUGCAUGGAUGCCUUAAAACUUAACAUGGCGUGGAGACCUUUCCACACAUCCUUUAUUUUAUCAUGGUGGAGAACACUGUUUACUUUUUAUAGAAUAUCUUUAUAAAGAUCUGGCAAUUUUAUUGUAAGGGGCAAAACUUUACUUUAAUGUAGCUUUUUAGCCCCACUGUUUUGCUCUUUCUCCCCCAUUAUAAAGUGUUUCUGUACUCACAGUGAAGACCUCCAUCUCUCUGGAACCUCUGUAAUUUUAGAAGUCUUCUUAUUUUUGUGUUUACGUCCCAUACCUAUCAUGUGUGUACCUUACAUGGGUGGCAUUUACAUGGGCACAGCUGACAUGCUUUGUCAGCAUCAGUGCUCUAAUUUCCGUUCUUAGUGCUGUUUUUAAAAUAUUUCCACCCUAACUUGAAUGUAAAAUGUACAAUAGAGAUCUUUUUAAAGGGGCACUGGAAGAGAUUUAAGUGAAGUGUUGCAGAAUAAAAGCAAAGUAUAAAACCAUUGUCUAUUUUUUAUUACUACGUGCAGAGAAAUGUACUUACCGAAAAAAAAGGGGGGGAAAACUCAGGUUAUCUUGCUACCUUUGGUUUUGAACCUUGUGUUUACUAAAAUUUGAUUAAAAUUGUUUACAGUUACUUCAAUUUUAGAAUUUCCGGUUCUUUUUUUCAAGUAUGUUGGUGUUGAAGUUGGCAUUUUAAGUGGGCAGUCACCUUUUCAGCAAACAAAAAAACAUUUUAUUAAAAUGUAGAAGUGACGAGUUCGGUACAUGGCUCUGUAAUCUCUAAUAUGUGUUUUGUUAAAGCUAUUGGAUGUAAAACAGCAUUUUUAGAAAUGCUAGAACCUGGUGUCUAGGCUUGUCUUGACUUUUUGCAGCUUAACUUUCCAGUGUCACUUUACAUUUCUACACAUACGGUAAUGAAUCAUGGGUAAAAUUCUGUUGUGUAUUGUUUUCUAAAGUAUGACGCCAGGCAGACGACUGUUGGCUUUGUUUUAUGUAGAUAUGUGAGAUGUUCUCAAAUGUAUCUGUUUAGAUACUAAAUCCAAUUGUUCAAUAACAAUAAUCUUCAAAGCAACAAGUUUUCCCUAAGGUCUAAAGUUGAAUACGAUCAAACCACACCUCUAAAAUGUUUUGAUUUGGUUAUUUGUUGAUGACUUAAUAGGGAAGAAAAUAAACUCAGGAACUACA